AACACAUCCUCCCCUUUGUUGCAACAGGUAAACGUCAGUCUUACCUGACAGAUAAGGAGAGUGAGGAUUCGCACACAUCUGUCUGUAGGAUCUCUGCAUAGGACCAACACUCCUAUAGUGAAUUUUCCCUGCACAAUUCUUGUCCCAGAAACUGCAUUUAAGAUUCCUGAUCUAAAAGCAGCAGAUCAAGCAAAUCGAAAGUUGUUUAAACAAUGACUUCUGUUCAAGCGAAAAAAGCAGGAGUGUCUGUAGAAGCAGACAGACAGAAUGUCAUUACACAGAUGAAAGUGAGGACCAAAUUGAAAACAGAUAAAAGUUGGAUAAAUCGGCAGAGCUCCGAGGAUGAGAAGGAUGAAGGCUCCACCCCAGUGUCUCCCCAGUUAAAGUCCCUCGAGGGCCGGAAGUUCCUGUGGUCACCACACCAAGAAUCAAGCACUGAUAGAGAUUCACCAACGUUUGGUGCUAAGGAGCCCAUUACAAGAACGUCUUCAUUUCCGAUCCAGUCAAGUGACAAGCCCCCCACAUAUAGUGCUAAUAAUGCAACAAAUAAUUCACCUUCACCGGCUCAACCAUCCCCACCACCAUCAACAGCCUCCGACAACUCAAGUGCUAGAACAUCAUCUGGUUACAUAAUAAGGGGACAGCCAAUGAAUGCAUCUCAACAAGCAAAGAGCAAUGCCCCAUAUAAUGGAUUCCAAAAAAGUUAUUCAGUGCAACAGAAGAGUGCAAGUCUCCCCCGUGUCCCCAGCGCUACUGGCUAUAAGAUGACCACGGAAGAAUACAAGAAACUGGCUCCAUAUAACACAAGGAAUAAAUCUGCAGACUUAUCAGAUGAGGAGACAACAUUUACACCAACAGAACAAGCAAAAAGGACGGAGGUAGCUAGUAGCAUUUUAAAGAAUUCGGCUUCAAAGGACCGCUCAUAUGUCUUCUCAGCAGCAAAGAGAUACAGUGGGGUUUCUUCACCAACCGAAAAUAAUAAUAACCCAUUUGUGGCUAAAAAGGUGCAGGUACAGGAGGAAAAUGAAAGUGUGAAAAAGAGGAGUGAAACGCUUCCCAAAUCCGAAGAUACCAGCAGUGGACAAAACACAAGCUCCCCUAAACUAACCACUAGAACCAUUACAGAGGCAAGCAGCCCACCUGUCAAAGCACAGCCUGGGAAGAUCUCACCCCAAAAGGAUGACAUUAGACCAAACGCGAGCUCCCCAAAACUAACCACUAGAACCAUUACGGAGACAAGCAGCCCACCUAUUAAACCACAGCCUGGGAAGAUCUCACCCCUAAAGGAUGACAGGGAUGAUAACAAAGUUCCCCAAAACUCAACAGAGUAUCGAUCCACUACGACUCGGACUGUUACCACAAGAAAUGACGGGACGCCAGCAAAACAAUCAGAAGAUUUAAUAUUGAAAAGCGGAUCACUGCCAAAAUCUCUCGCCUCCUACUUGUAUGAUGACAACUACAGAGAAAAACAUACAACUUCCCCAAAAUCGGUGUCCACUGUUACAGAUGGAAGUAGCUCAGCAGUCAAACCACAGCCUGGAAAAAUCACCGUCAUCAAGGACGAAAGUACUGAUAACCAUGUGACACCUAGAACCUCAACAGAAAACAGAACCACUGCUACUACUAGAACAGUUACCACCAGUACAGAACGGGCCCCAGUGAAAGAAGAUGAUUCACUUUCAGAUUCUCUCCAUACAUACCUGUCUGAGGAUGCCAGCAGGUUUGAAAAAAAUUGGAAAGCAGCACAGUCUAACCCAUCGAUCUCUCAUACAUCCCCACCCAGAUCAACAACCACCAGGAAUGUUACGACUGUCACAACAAACGAAAGUGGCACUGAUAAUGCAGAAGUUCCCAGACUGAAAUCCUACACAAACAUCAGCAUCAUUGAAACAACAACAAGCAACAAUUUCCAGCCUGCACCAGGAAAAAUCACAAUCAUCAGAGACGAAAGCGAUUUGGUUGAAAGAGAAAUUCCAAAGACUUCAAAUGAAAGCAGAUCUGUAGUAAGAACUUCUGAAACAAGAAGUGAAAGCAGCAAGAACAAUGACGACAUCCCAAAACUCACAUCUUGGACUUCUACAAAUGUUUCCGAGACUACCAAGCCGGGCACUCAAGUUGGACCUGGCAAGAUCUCUGUUGUCAGAGAUGAAAGUUUGCCUCCAAAGCCAGCUCCCCGGAUAGAAACCAAACCAAAGGUGACCGCUGUGGAAUCAAGUAAUGCAAAUGCCAAUAAACCACAGGAUCUUAUCUCGUGGGAUGACUUGGACACUAAACCAGAGAAUAGACCAAAGGAAUCUACAAAGCCAUCUACAGUUAGUACAAUAAGGGAAGCCAGAUACCUGGUUCCAGAGCUCUUAGAAGAACCAGGACUUACUAACAGCAGUCGUCCAACUUCAGAAUCAGGAAACAGAACUACGACCAGAGAGACGUACUACGAAAGUCCAAAAUCCGAGAGGAGCAGUUCACCCAGACCUACUGUAAGUAGUACAAUCAGCGAAGCAAGAUACCGAGUUCCAGAGAUUCUAGAAGACCCAAAACCUAAUACAAGUGCUACACGUCCAACUUCAGAAUCAGGAAACAGAACCACGACCAGAGAGACGUACUACGAAAGUCCAAAAUCCGAGAGGAGCAGUUCACCCAGACCUACUGUAAGUAGUACAAUCAGCGAAGCAAGAUACCGAGUUCCAGAGAUUCUAGAAGACCCAAAACCUAAUACAAGUGCUACACGGCCCAUCUCAGAUUCAGCCAACACAAGUGUAACAACCACAACCAGAGAGACUCGUUAUGAAAGUUCCAGACCAUCAGUGGAUGUGAAGUCAGAAAGAAGCAGCUCUCCAAGGCCUGCACCUCGUUCAAGAGACAGUGCGAAAACUACAGUGACAGAGUCGAGUUAUAAAGUACCGGAAAAUCUAGAUAAUACCAUGCUGGAAUCAAGCCCUGCCAGGUCUGUGUCUAGUUCCAGUGAGAGAACUACCACUACUACUACUACUAGAGUGGAAACCCGUAAUAAAACUCCUUCAACAGAGGACCUCAGCCACAAUGAUUCUCAGUCAUCCAACAAGGGAAUUCUCUUUGUAAAGGAAUAUGUUAACACAAGAGAGAGUCUGAAAUCUCCCACAUACUCUGGCAAUAGCCUACCAGACUUUUCUGAUGACUCAGAAAGGAUAUCUUACAGCAGCACUAAUUACAAUUACAGCAGUCCCCCAACAAGGGGUGAUGAAGGUAGCUGCACUUACUGUGGACGCGAAAUCAAAGACUGUGCAAAGAUCAUGCUUGAUCACCUUAAUAUCUAUUGUCAUGAAUACUGCUUUAAGUGUGGCAUUUGCAACAAACCGAUGGGAGAUUUGAUUGACAGUCUUUUUAUUCACCGGAAUGUGGUUCACUGUGAGAGCUGCUAUGAAAAGCUGUUCUAGGACCAGUGAACAGUGAUUUGUGGUGUUUGGAACUCUCCAGAAUUUUACAUACAGUAUUCUCAUCGUUUUAUGAGUUUUCAUUCUGCGAUACAUUGAUAAAUGAAAGCUGAAAGUUUAAUGAACAUUGUCCAUUUUUAAAACUCAUCUGCAAAGCCAACCAAAAACACAUUUUCCCCCAAUUUAUUCUCAUUAGUUUAUCCAGGAACUAUACUGUUUCCUUACUUUGUGCUAUAUAUAUACACUACACAUUAAACAAGAUCAUGUAAUAUGCUUGUGAAGGGGGACAAGUGUAAAGCUAGCAGCUAUUGGUUAAUGCUAACGGUUAUAAAUUCAUUCUUAUCAGAAAUAAAAAAUAUAAAAGAAAAAAAAUAAAUGUAUUGUUUUCAUAUUUAACUCUGUAUUACUGAAUUCUGAAAUUAAUCAACAUAGCAUAUAUGAAAAAAAUUGUACAUAUUACAGAUCCUUUUUCCCCCUCAAAAUAAUUGCCUUAAAACUUGGCAUAUAAUAGUUACUUUGCAUAUAGUUUUAUAUUCGCUUACAAAUGCCAUCACUUUAUAAUUUUUCUAAGCUUAAAUUUACAUAGAUUCGAUUAUCUUAAAUUGAUGUCAAGUCAACCGAUGAUUAAAUGUUAGAUGAUGAAUCUUUGACACAAAUUGACAGGCAUGGCCUAUUAAUACUUUUUCAUUGCAAGUGUUUAGUAAGUAAAUGUAAUGAGAAAAUAUAUUGUACCAAAAGCAAAAUAGAAGCCAACAAUACAACAAUAAAAUAAUAUGGAAUCUCUCUGCUGGGCAAAGAUAAAAGGCGCAUUAUAAGAAAUGCUUUCAUUUAAAAUACUAGUUCCAUUGUUCUAUGAAAUCAUGCUAGAUAUAACUGGAGUUUGGUUUUCACGACAGGAGUUAUCAAAGUACUAUUGUAUGCUAUGUUAUAUAACGUAAUCAUUCAUAAAGUAUAUCUUUUUUCCUUUAUGUAUCACAUGACCGGUAUUUCAUUAAUAAAUAAACUAUUGUUUUAAGGGA